GAAACUGGUGCUGCUUCAGAGAAGUGUCAAACUUCGGUGUAAACUGUGACAGGGCCCUGAGAGACAACGUCCAGGGAUUAAAAGCCCGUUCUAAGAGGCAAGGAAGAAAGGCAGACGACUGUGCGGUCAAGGAAAACCACGUGGAGCCUUGCUGUCACAUCAGAGUUCGUGUUUUUUGUCGUGAAGUUUUUCUUUCGUGACCCACGUGGACAAGCCAGCAGGGUUCAUGUGUGACAUAUACAGCCUGGACUCUCAUUGCGUGUCUCCACCAUGCAACAUGAGCUGGACGAUGGAGCCUGCUAACUUCUACGAGAGCAACAGGGUGAGCGGCCCGCAGCAGGGGCUCUGCAAGCCGGGCAGCAGGCUGGAAGGAGCUGGGGAGGACAGCACCAUGGUGGAGCUGAGCAACACCCCUGCCAUGUACGACGACGAGAGCGCCAUCGACUUCAGCCAGUACAUCGAGUCCAUGACAUCCGUGCCAAACCUGGAGCUGUGCAACGACGAGCUCUUCCUCGACCUGUUCAACACCGUGAAGCAGGAGAAGCAGGCGGAUUUCUACAACAUGCAGAGCUCCGUGCUGCCCGGGGGCGUGCAGCAGCUGUCAGCCCCGUACGCACCAAACAGGUCGGACGGGUCGCUGGAAAAGGGGGCGUUGUGCGCCUCCAUCAAGCAGGAGUCCGACUGGAGUGACAGCGACAUGUCCUCAUCACUGACUUCUCAGAUCGAGACCUGCGCCAAGACCUCCGUCAGCCUCCCGACGGGGCAACCGACCCCUCCGACCACACCUGAGCCCGUGUCCUCCGCCGCCAGCUCCGCCAAAUCCUCCCCGAGAAAGAUGAGCAGGGAGAAGGGAAAGAAGUCUGUAGACAGGUUCAGCGUUGAGUACAGGCAACGGCGUGAGCGGAAUAACAUUGCUGUGAGGAAAAGCAGGGACAAAGCUAAGAGGCGCAACUUGGAGACGCAGCAGAAGAUGAUCGAACUGAGUGUUGAGAACGAGAAGCUCCACAAAACCAUUGAGCAGCUAACCAGAGAGCUCACCGGCCUCAGAGAUUUCUUCAAACAGAUUCCCAACUCCUCCUUUUCGGUCUCCUCGAGCGCAGUGAGCCGGUGACACAAUCAAUCUUGUAUGAACUGAACUUUUACUAGAACAUACCUCAAGUGACCUUUUUACCAUCUGUAACAGAUGCAUUUUUAAGCUUACCAUAAUGGCACUGGGAAAAAAGUUUUUUGCUGCCAUAUUUUUGUGGGAAUUUUUCCGUAUUAAAUUAUUCUUACCACUGUAUUUACAUGUUAUACCUGAUAUGGUACACGUUUUAUAAUUCCAAACUUUGUAUAAGAGCCAGAGCAUGAUCUUUUAUAUAGUUUGUAUGAAAUCUUGAAAAUGGUUUUGUUUAUGAAUCUGUAAUAAAACCAAUGAGAGUGCAGAA